CUAAAUGUAGUGCAAAUAUACUGUUUUUGUGCUCAUUUAGUUGAAGAAUAUAAUCUUUACUGUCAGUAACAAAUGAAGAAUAUUUAAGGAGAUAAUAAUAAAGCAGCUGAGCCACGAUAUUCGCCAUGGAUCAGACUUUAUCCUCAUUGCAGUCGACUUUGCCCUGUCGGGAUAGUCAGAUCGAGCAACUCUAUAAUCUGUAUGCAUAUAAAGAUGAGCCCCUAGUGGAGAGCGUCUACAUUUACGGAGGGCCAAGCACCGGAAAAUCAAUCGUAGUGACUACCCUUCUGGAGAGGCUCAAGAUAAGACAUGCCGUGGUGAACCUAAUCGAAUGCUACACGGCGAGAAUUGUCUUCGAGACAAUCCUAAAUAAAUUCUCCGGCCAUAAGAUGGAUCCGCAGAAGCCGCUACCCUACGCGAGAUGCGAUCAUCUGAUGGAUUUUAUAUUUAAUUUGCAGAAACUGUCGCUAGAGAACGACCUGAAUGGUUCUGUUUUAGUGCUGGAUAAGGCCGAGGAGUUGAGAAAUAUGGACUUUAAUUUAUUAGCGGGUUUCCUUCGCUUUAAAGAAUUAAGCGGAAUCUCGAUUUCGGUUAUUUUUCUAUCCGAGGUCGUCUUCGAGAAGUACUACUCCACUAACAUCGUCGAGCCCAUAAAGGUCUACUUCCCACAGUACAAUAAAGAUGAAUUACUGGAAAUCCUCUCCCUAGACGUCGAUUGCGCGAGGAAGGCGCUGACGAGCGACGCGGAUGAGUUAUUCGAGUUCGACGAGGACUUCUACAGAAAAUAUUUGAACGUUUUCUUGUCUGUCUUCUACCGAACCUGCAGGGAUUUAUCGGAACUCCGAUACAUGUCGAGGAAAAACUUUGUGAAAUAUUGCCAGCCGAUAAUAAACAAGGAGCGCACCAUUAGCGAUUCCAUGGCUCUGUGGAGAAAUGUCGCCCCCGCACUGAAAGCCUCUUUGGAAGUGCUGUAUCUGAGGGUCGACUCCGCGCAACCACAAAAAAAGUUCGGGGAAAAUUUGGCGCAGAGCCUCGAGCUCCCCUUCUACGCCAAAUAUUUAUUGAUAGCGGCUUACCUAGCCAGCUAUAAUUCUGUUAAGGACGACAAGAGGCUGUUCAUGAAGUACCACGGUAAAAAAAUGAAAACUAGAAAGGACGUGAACGUAAAGAGCAAAGUGUCCGAGCAAUUGAAUACGCAGCUCGGGCCGAAGCCGUUCACUUUUGACAGAUUGCUUGCCAUAUUUUAUUCCAUUCUGGAUGAUAAAGUCGGAUUUAAUAACAAUUUGUUGGUGCAGGUUUCCAGUUUGGUGGAGCUGCAGUUGUUGUCCACGACGUCGGACAAUUGCUGUUUGGACGGACAGAAAUAUAAGUGUAACGUUAACUUUGAUUUCAUACACGGCAUUUCGAGGAUGGUUGGGUUUAACAUCAGAAAGUAUUUGAGCGAUUUUAGUCACGUAUAAGUCAAGUAUUUAGUCACAUUAAUAUUGUGUUUAUUUAAAUAAAUAAC